CUUUCAAAUGUGAUAAAAUAUAAUAUAAUAUAUGCGCAUAGACUUUUCUCCUCAAGCUAAAGUUAAAAGUCAACAUAUUCGAUCCAGAUUAUUUGUGUGUGUAGAUUAUAUAAAAACCAUGGCUGCCUAAACUUAUCUUCUCGGCCAUAACCAGACGAAAACAAAUUCACCAAAGCAGAAAAAAAUAUAGAGAGCGCGAGAGAGAGCAUAUAUUAUUAUACCAAAACAAUACAUUUUGUGAGGGAGAAGAAAUAAGAAAAAUGGAGCAGCCUUAUGUGUACGCUUACCCACCAGGGACAGCCCCUUCGGCUCCUCCGCCUCCACAAGCAGGUGGCAUCGCAGGAGGGAUAGUGGAUCAAAGGUUCUGCGCUCCGUACCCCGUGGAUCUAGCGAUCGUGCGGAAGAUGAUGAAGUUGACUGACGGUAACUUCGUUAUAACGGACGUUAACGGGAACCUGAUGUUCAAGGUGAAGGAGCCGGUGUUUGGCCUUCACGACAAGAGGAUCUUAUUGGAUGGUUCUGGAUCUCCGGUCUUGACUUUGAGAGAGAAGAUGGUGAGCUUGCAUGACAGAUGGCAAGUAUUUAGAGGAGGGAGUACGGAGCAGCGUGAUCUGCUGUACACGGUGAAGAGAUCGUCGAUGCUUCAGUUUAAGACCAAACUUGAUGUGUUUUUGAGUCACAACAAGGAAGAGAAGAGAUGUGAUUUCAGGGUCAAAGGGAGCUGGCUCGAGCGCUCUUGUGUCGUCUACGCCGGCGAAUCUGACGCCAUCGUUGCCCAAAUGCACAAGAAGCACACUGUGCAGAGCGUGUUCUUGGGAAAGGACAAUUUCUCCGUGACGGUUUAUCCAAACGUCGAUUAUGCCUUCAUCGCCUCUCUGGUCGUCAUUCUCGAUGAUGUUAACCGAGAAGACCGCGCCGCCGCCGGCAGCAGCUGAUGGUAUGUUGUACGUUCUCUGGACACUUUGCAACGUGGGAUUUCUUCUUAAAACGCUUACUGUGUCAUCUUUCUUUCUACUUAAUUAAUGAUCUUCAACUAUAUAUGAAUAGGUUUUCUUUCAGUAUUUUUUUGUUAAUUUGUUCUUUUGUAAGUAAUUUUUUUUAUCAUACAUGUGUAUCAUAAUCUCCUAAGAUUUUUUUUAUUUUCCAAAAUGUCUGUUAAAAUCUUCUUUCAAAUUUCAAAUUUCAAAUUUCAAAUUUCAAAUAUUCCAAAAUUAACAUAACUAAACUCUGAUAUCAAAGAGAUCUUAUCUCUCAAAUUUAUCAUUUUUGUUUAUAUAUAUUGGAAACAGAUAUGAAUUAAGAAAUAAUGUAAUUACGGGUUGGCGCUCA